GUAUGAGGGUGUGAUUAGUAGGGGAUCUGCUUGUUUUAAAUAUGAAAACAUGAACUAAGCUGGGCUGCUGUUGCUACUACUUUUUCGGUAGCUCCUGCCAUUGUUAUUGAUGAUGAUGAUGCUGACGAUGCUUGAGGGAUUGCGGUUAGCUACAUGCGUGGAAAAGCAGCAGCAAUAGCAACGGCAACAGCAACACCAACAGAAGCACCAUGCAACCAUUGGAGCCCAUGUCCGAGUGAAGUCUCAUGCUGGCAAAAAUUAUUGAUGCAUAUGCCGGGCUGUCCAGGACGUGCGUGCCAUCCGGUCGUUGAGUGGGUCCAGAGGGUGGGAUGGCGGUGUCCUUUAGAUGGAUGGCCCAAAAAUUGCAUUGGAUUUCGGUUGCGGAGCUGCAUGACCAAGAAGUUUUUCUGCCUGCCACCCUGCAAAUCCCCCUUCCAUUUCGGACCCAUAUUCCUUUCAAAAGUUUACCUAACUUUGCCAAGGGGGAUCCGCUAGGCAACGCAUCGCCUGUCGACCAUAUGGAGGAGGAUUUUGGCCUAAAGUGCAUUAAGGUACCGGCACGAAGUACGAGCAGGAGAGAAGAAAACUUGGGCCGGUAAGCCAUCUGUUACCUGCGUUAGAGAGACCUAAGUCCGACACUCAGGUAAAACGGCACCGCCAAAGGAUUGGCCGCGAAAAAUCGGAAAACCCGCAGGACAGGCAAAAAACGAGAUAAACAAGACCUGGCAUGCAUGGCAUAACAGGAGGAGGUCCUGUGGAGGUCGUUUAAAAACCCACCCACACUCAGACCUGGCAUUCAUUCGCCAGUAAGCCGCCAGCAUGGAAGCAUCGGUCGCCUACGCUUUAUUUUUGCAUCGCCAGGAGCUGCAGCGCCGCCAGAUGCUCUACAUCCAAGUGUCCAAGACCAAGAUUCAAUUGACCAAGGAGCUAAUCGCCGAGCAGAAGCAACGAUUGUCCAGCUGCACCCCCGAAGAUCUGCAGAUCCUAAGCAGAGAAACCCAGUUCAAGCGGCAGCUUCAGCAGAAACUCAAGCACCGGAACAAGCAACUGAAAGCCAUUGCCAAGCAGCAGGAGAGGCGAGGAUGAUCCAAGCCAAAAGGGAUGUCUCCACAUCCCUCAGGAUUACCACUUUAAUUAGUUUUAGAUUAACGCAAAUGAUGUGUGCCUUUACUUAGUUUAGUUUAUUUUAGUUUUACGCUCAAAGAAAUAAAAUUUCCUAUGCAAAUCAA